CAAGGAGGCAAUUGAAGCCAUUGUGUUUAGGGAAAAAAUCAUAUUUUGGAAGCAAAAUUUUGUUAAAGUUAAAUAGGGAAAAUAGGAAUGCAAUCUAGCAGUUUCGGAGCAACGGAAAAAUACCAGCGACGGUCUUACGGCGGCCGUGGUUGUUGGUAACACUGUGUGCAAUCGACGCGAAUACACGGGUGAACACGGAUGAACACGGAAAACAGAACGAGUCAGAGAACGGAUAACGGAAACGGGCGAGGAUAACGAAUAACAAAUCCGACAUCCGUGUGUGUGUGCCACCGUUCGUGUGCGUGAGUGAAAACAGUGGAACGCGACCGAGCCAUGGCGAGUGUUUUUUUAUAAUAAUAAUAAUAAUAAAUCGAGUUAACUUUCUACAUAAGCAUAAAUGAAGCAAAAAAAAUAUUCUCUUUUUAAUUUGGUAUAAAUUGUAUUUGUCUUGAAAAAUAUCUCCAAUUGUAAAUAUAUUCUUCGUAAAAAAUUUUAUUCGUAAAAUCUAUCAACAAAAAAAUAAAAUAAUCUAAAAAAUAAAUGAAAUUGAAAUUAAAAGAAAAAAAGUUAAUGGAUAAAAAUUGAAAGUAAAUGGCAAUAUUUUGUACAAAAAAAAAUAAAUAAAAAAUAAUUCUAAGCCGGAGUCUAAAUGCCUGAGAGAGAGAGCGAGACAACUGAGCAAGUUUAGGGGCGAGCGAGAGAGCAAAGAGCACGCCAGAACGGGAUAGCAUGCGCCAAUGAAAGCGUCCUGCCAGCCGAGAGCUUCCGAUUUUGUUGAUUACGCCGCCGGGGGAGGGGGCGCUGGAUCUGGAUCUGCAUCAGCAACAGGAGCUGGCCCAGGAGUUGGCCAGGACAAGUCCUUUUACGGCUACGAUCUAACGGUAACGGUUAUUGGCAACAGGACGCGUCAAGAGCAACAACCACAACAACAACAGCAACUUGCAACAUCAACAUCUGCAACAACAACAACAGCAUCAGCCUCAAGCAAAAGAAAACGUCAGACAGAGUGCGAUUGCGGUUGCGGGGACACUUACACCUUCAGCCACGGCCCUCCGACAGCUGCAGCUGGUGCAGGAUCGGGAUCGGGAUCCGGUUCGGGAUCAGGGACCAAUAGCAGCCUCAAAACGGCACACACAAAGGUCGCCACCUCGGGGGGUCAUGCCAAUACGCAGCCCCCCAGCAAGAGGUCGAGCAGUGGGGCGGAUGGCGACUACCAGUUGGUCCAGCACGAGGUGCUCUACUCCCUCUCGGCGGAGUAUGAGGUCCUGGAGUUCUUGGGACGAGGCACCUUCGGCCAGGUGGUCAAGUGCUGGAAGCGCGGCACCUCCGAAAUCGUGGCCAUUAAAAUCCUGAAGAACCAUCCCUCGUACGCACGCCAGGGCCAGAUCGAAGUCUCGAUUCUGUCGCGACUCAGCCAGGAGAAUGCCGACGAGUUCAACUUUGUGCGGGCCUUCGAGUGCUUCCAGCACAAGAACCACACCUGUCUGGUCUUUGAAAUGCUGGAGCAGAACCUCUAUGACUUCCUCAAGCAGAACAAGUUCUCGCCACUCCCCCUUAAGUACAUAAGGCCCAUUCUGGAGCAGGUAUUGACUGCCCUGUUGAAGCUGAAGCAACUGGGCCUGAUCCAUGCCGAUCUGAAGCCGGAGAACAUUAUGCUGGUGGAUCCAGUGCGUCAGCCCUACCGCGUCAAGGUGAUCGACUUCGGCAGCGCCUCCCAUGUCAGCAAGACGGUGUGCAACACCUACCUGCAAUCGCGCUACUACCGCGCUCCGGAAAUCAUUCUGGGCCUGCCCUUCUGCGAGGCCAUUGACAUGUGGUCGCUGGGCUGUGUGGUGGCGGAGCUCUUCCUCGGCUGGCCCCUGUAUCCGGGCAGCUCCGAGUUCGACCAGAUCCGAUACAUCUCGCAGACCCAGGGCCUGCCCACAGAGCACAUGCUGAACAGCGCCUCGAAGACCUCGAAGUUCUUCUAUCGCGACGUGGACUCCACGUAUCCGUUCUGGCGUCUGAAGACCACCGAGGAGCACGAGGCGGAGACGAACACGAAGAGCAAGGAGGCGCGGAAGUACAUCUUCAACUGUCUGGACGACAUCGGGCAGGUGAAUGUGCCCACAGACCUGGAGGGCGGGCAGUUGCUGGCCGAGAAGACCGAUCGGCGGGAGUUCAUUGAUCUGCUGAAGCGGAUGCUGACCAUCGACCAGGAGCGCCGGCUCACGCCUGCCGAGGCACUCAACCACUCGUUCACGCGUCUCACCCAUCUGGUGGACUAUGUUUACUGCAACAACGUCAAGGCCUCCGUGCAGAUGAUGGAGGUGUGCCGGCGCGGAGAUUUCCAUACUGUCCAGCCGGCGUCCACUCUGGUGACCAACUUUGUGCCCUCGAGCACCGAGAACAUGACCUUCACGAUCAACAACCAGUUGACCAGCCAGGUGCAGCGUCUUGUUCGCGACGGCCGUCCCCUGGCCUACGAGGGCCUCUACCAGAUCUACAACGGACGCAGCGUGGCCCGGCAGUAUCCGCAGGCGCGCAACGAUAGCUUCCAGCACCAGCUGGUAUCGAACAUCCUGUGCCCGCCCAGCUAUCAGGCGAUGCCCAGUCCCACUAAGCAUGUGGUGGUCGGCAGUGCCACGAUGCAGCCGCCGUUGCAGGUGCCGCCGCAGCAGUACGUGAAUGUGCCGGUGCCGGUGUCCAUGGUGGAGCCCACCUCCGGCCAGAGGAUGCUGUUGACCAAUCGGGUGCAGGCUAGUGGAGUGGCCUGGCCGCAAACCGGCCGGCAGAUGGCCCUGGUGCCGUCGUGGCCCCAACAGGCGCCGGCCCACUCCCUCAUCGUCGACUCGACGCCGCUCUUUAACGUGGAGGAGAUCUAUCCCAAGCACCACCUCAACUUGCCACGCAAUGAUCUCAAAAAGGAGUCGCCGGCUCAUCAUCUAGCCAAGGGCAACUCUUAUCGCGUGCCGCGCCACGAGAAGAAGGAGCACCAGCAGCUGUCGCCGGUGAAGAAGCGGGUGAAGGAGAGCUCUCCGCCGCACCAGCAGCGCUACCAGCGCACCGCCCACGUCUCGCCGCAGUACCACACGCACCACAACUGCAACUAUGGCAACGGUGGUGGCUACAGCGCCAGUGCAGGAUCGGUGGUGGCCUCCUCGGCCGCCUCCGCAAGCAACAUUGUGAACGCCAGUUCUUCGAGCUCGCACCACCACCAUGCCCCGGUGGCACAUGCCCAGCCGUACACCGCCUCCUCGGGCCAUCAUAUCGUGAGCAACUGCAACGCUAGUGGAGGAGCUGCCUACCAGCAGCCACCGGCCCAUGCCCACCAGCAGCAUCCGCAUGCCCAGCCGCAUCCUCAGGGAUCCCAGCAGCAGCAGCAGCAGCACGUGAAGCAGCCGACGAUCACCAUCCAUGAUACGCCCUCGCCGACGGCCGUGAUCACGAUCUCCGACAGCGAGGAUGAGGGCGGCGAGGCAGGAGGAGUCGGGGGAGGAGCCCAGGCGCCGGUGGUGAAGCAGCGGGCGCACGCCCAGUCGCAGACGAGCAGCAGCCUGCUGCAGCAUGCGCCGAGCUCCUCGUCCUGCAGCAGGAGCAGCGCCCACCAGCCGCAGCAUCCGCAACAGCAGCAGCAGCAGCAGCAGAUCACAUAUGGUAAUGCCCAGAAUCAGAAUCAGAAUCAAAGUCAGAAUGGGAUCCAACUGGGAACAGCCAGCAGCAAGCAUAGCAGUAGCCAUAGCAGUAACAGUAGCCACAGUAGCAGUAGUCACCACCACCACCACCACAACCACCACCAACACCCUCAUCAUAUGAAUCAUCUGAAUCCGCCUCAUCAGCCAGCUCCGAGUGGAAGUGGAACGGGAAUGGCAUCGGUAUCGGCAUCGGGAUCAGGCUCGCAGCUUCAACAGCAUCAGCUUCAGAAUCAACCAGCGACGCAUCCUCAUUACCAAGCCACGUCCACGUCCUCCUCCACUUCUGCUUCCACUUCCAGUCACCAUCAGCAUCACCCUCAUCAUUCCACCCCUUCGACUUCCUCCACCUCCACUCAGUUUGGUGGCCCAGUUCCUUGUUCCUCUCAGUCCCAGUCCCAGUCCCAGUCCCAAUCCCAGUCCCAAUCCCAGACCCAAGCCCAAGCCCAGUCUCAAUCGCAUCUCAGUCGCCAUAAGCCAUCGCACGUCCAGCUAGUAAUUCCAUGCGUAACCGUAGGUGACCACGAUCCGGAGGACGCCCGUCGCCGCCAUCAUGCUGCCGCCGCAGCCGCCGUGGGAAGUCCCAAGCACCAUCAUCAGCAUCAGCCAGCUCCGCAGCACCAGCCAGCGCCGCAACAACAGCCAGCACCACCGGCACCCCAACAGCAGUACCAGCCACAGCCGCCGCCGCAGCAGGUGAUCACCCAGCCGCAGCCGAACAUCAAGUACGAGCCGGGGCAGUCGCAGAAGAAGCGCAUCCUGGCCAUGGCCCAGAGCGAGUGUGGCUACCAGCCGCAAGUGCCGGCCAGCCAGCCGCCAUCCUCGGCAAGCUUGCCACACAUUCCCACGAAGCAGGAGCCGGCCGAAUUCUACUCGGAGUAUGGAGCUGCGGUUCCACCGCCCCAGCAAUUGGACACGAAACGGUCCUCAUGGGCGCCCACAUCUUCGGGAUCCGGUGCCCCGCCGCUGGCCCAUCCGAAACGAGAGGCCCCAUCGGCCGCUCCGAUCAGCUAUGUGGCACCGUCGGUGGCGCCACCGAUGGCCCACUCCAAGAGCAGCUCGGCCUCCUCGUCGUCGUCGAUUAGUGCGGCGGCUGCAGCAGCGGCUGCUGCAGCUGCAGCGGCAGCGGCCAGCGUGGGUCCCCCGUCGUGGGGAGCCCCCCAAGUCUAUCGGCAGCCGUCGCAACCGCCGGCUAGUGUAGGAGCUCCGGGCACUGGUCAGCCACCGCCACCGACAACGGCCCCGCAUCCGCACCAUCACACCGCCCACGGGCAUCACCACCACCAGGCGGGCACUCCGCUUGGCGGCUCACCAUCCUCCACAGCUGCGGCCCUGUUGCAGCCGGACAUCUACGCUCAGGGCGACAUGUAUCGCCGACCCACAGUGUUUGUUUCGCAGGCUGCCCCGAGCUAUGCCUACGCCAACCGGGCUGUGGUGGCGCCACCACCGGCCCACAACAGCUCCAGUCGUCAGGUUAUACCAUCGCAUCCGUUGCCGGCGCACAUCCAGAUUCCCACCCAGUACAGCCAGUUUGGACCGCUGAGUCCAGCCCAGGUAGCCGCCAGCAAACACGCGGCGCACUUUGCGCCCACCAACAUAUGGUAUGGGGCUGAGUAGGGAGCUGACGAAGGGAGACAUAGCGAGUGAGGGCGAGGGGCACAGCGGCGAUGAUGAUAGAGACGAGGAAGUGCAGCAUCCGAGCAACCUAGCACCCAGAUCCAACCAACCACACCCACACCACCACAACCACAGUACUGUUAUGAUCUUGGGCAAGAGACCGAUUAAAUGAUGAUGAUUCAACGCUCGAAUCGUUUGUGGCCUCGGCCGAGGGAGUUGACCACGUAGAUCUUAGCCAGGAGAUGCAACAGACACAACAGCAACUGCAACUAACCCAAUGCUGGUGGUUCAUGCUCCUCAUGCAACAGACCAUCAUCCACAACAGCAGCAUGCUGCAGACAGGCGGCGACAGCCCAGGAGCAUCAGGAGCACCAGGAGCAGAAGCAGCAACAACCACAUCCACAUCCAUUUCCUCAUCCGCAUCUACGCCGGCAACACGUCAUGUUCCUGGCAGAAAUAGAAAAUCCAAACGCCACCAAUAAGCCAUCCGGAUCCCUCAACCUCGUCGCUAGAGUUCUCAGUUUUUUUUCAUUGGGAAAAUUUUUGUUGGAUCCUGCGGGGGAUCCUUCUAGGAUUUCUAUACUAUUAUUAUUUUAUUAUUUUUUUUUUAAAUAAUAAUAAAUGUAAAGCACUCUACACGCAGCUGGGUGUAAAGUGCUCAGGCUAAUAUAUUGUCGAGUUGUGUGGCAUGCAACACCACAACAACCUCUCACUACAACAGACACACAACACACACACUACACACACACAGACAGCUAUAGCUUCACGUUUUUCUAUAUAUAUCCUUAUAUGCAAGUUAGAGGCAUAUUCAAAGUGUUUUUUCUCUUCGAACCGAAAGAGUUUCAUUAUAUUGUGUGUUGUGUAUUUUAUUGGUAACUUCUACAUAAUAUUCUCUAUAUAUACACCAUAUAUAUAUUAUACAUUAUAUACAUGCAUAUGUAAAACUAUUAUUAUGAAUACUAUAUAUCAACCCCGAAGAAGGAGGAGAAUAACUUUAAGGCUAAGUGGCACGCCGGCAGCUGCGAUUAGUGUGGCGAGUGGCCAGUAGGAGCAAGCUUAGAAAUUCCUUAGACUCUUAGCAAGUACCUCAGACGAAACAAAAAAUAACAAACUAAAAAGAUAAAAGUUAAAUGAGUAAAAGUAAUAACUAAUAUGAGCAGACAACAGCCACUCCAAAAGCAAGAAACAAACAAAUGUUAUGCAAUUUGCCUUUAAAAACAAAAUUAUAUAAGGAUAAAGGAUAAAUGAUAAAGGAUAAAAGAUAAUGGUUAAUGGUUAAUAAAGGAAGCAUGAUUAGAUGGAAAUAACUACAGAACUACAACAAAAAUUGAAUACCGCAACAACCUUACUAGCAAGCAGCAAGCAAAUAAAAUAGAUAACCCUAGGAGUAGGAGAUAUCAACAAAGUAACCUAACAAUUACAUAGCUCAUAGCUCAUAGAUUAUAGAAGGAUAGAAGUAUAGAAGGAUAUGGGAGGAAGGUUUUUUUACACACACUCUUAACACACUCAUAGGAAUAACCGCAAACAAUAUACAAAAUACAAAUACUGAUACGACAAAAACAAUUAACAAAUUAACAAUUCUAAAUCUAAACUAAGUUUAAAGAGCAACAAACAAAUAAUUAUAGGAUCAAUUGUACAUAAAUAUUAUAUUACGGAAAGUGAUGAAGAUACUAGUGGAGUCUAAUAUUGUAACUAAACGGAGCGAACCGAUUUUAGAUCAGCAAUUAUGUCAGCAUAGCACAUCUGCUUGAUUUCUAUUUUAUUAUCUUGUCUAUAUGUCUUAUCUUAUUUGUGUAAUCCCCAAAAACACCCUAUACCCGACACCGAUACAGACUCCCAGAAACUCAGCGUUUUUUAGUUAUUCUUUCGACUAGAGAGGCGCUUGAGAAAGUUUACUAAAGUACAAAAACCAAACAAAAUAAAAAGCAAUUUAGCAGUAACAGACCCUUUUAGGCUUUUAAAACACACAAACACCCUCUUUCAAAUCAUUUUUUAGGCUUCUAAGCAUUUUUUUUCGUUUUAAACACGAUUUUAGGAGUUCUUUUGUCCAGAUUGUGGCCGUUGAGCCGCGAAGGAGAAGGUCCUUGUGUAAAUAUAUGCAAUAGAAUGCUAUUUCGAUAUGUACAAACCUGGCUUACUUUACAAACGUACACCCACAAAAAUCCUAUAUACAUAUAUGAAUAUAAACUAAAUCUUGUUAAAUAGGUUUCCUAAAGUAUUUCGUAGUUAGACUUAACUUCGCGCCUAUCCGCGCUUAAAUUAAUCGAAACAGCAACUAAUUUUUUUCGUUCUCUUAGAGGGUGGCACUUCCUAUCCUAUACAGAUAUACUGAUGAAACAGAUAUACAUUUAAUCGGCUAAGGCUAAGGGUAAGAUAGUCCCACCCAUCUCCGACCCUUCCUAGUUCAGCUGUGCCCACUAAAACAGAAAACAAAAACGAUGAAUAAAAAAAUAACAAUUUCGGGAUGGAUUAAGUCCGACGGAAAAGGAUCUAGCAUGUAAUUAUUGUGAUGUAGUUUUUAACAAGCGGAAAUCUGAGAAAUUGAAAAGCGUUUUUUUGUCAGUCGUCGUCGUUGUCGAGGCGACAAAUUAUAUAGAAAUACCUAAAACUAUGAUUACAUACGAGUAAUAUAUAUAUAACAAUAGCUAACCAAGUGCGAUACGGAUACGGAAUAUGCAUCUAUAUGUUAACUAAUUAGCGUGCAGGAUUCAAUAGCGAUAACGUCGUUUUUUUUAACCAAGUAAAUAACAUUUUUAAAAUCCGAUUACGAGAAUACACUUUUUAUAGUUUUGAAAAUGAAAGGAUAAAAGGGGGGAGCUAGUAGGGCGUAUUUAAGAAACGUUAGUGUUGUGAAUAUAUACGAGUACAUACAAAAAUGGAAAUGAAAAUGAAAAUGAAAAAAAAACAUACAUAUAUAGUAUGCCUAGAUCUAGAUGUGGUACGAAUAUUUUUUGUGUAAAAAAACAAUAAAUGGCAACCAGUAGCUAACAAUGGUAAAAAAACAAUAAACGAAAAUCAAGAACAGCUCGGCAAAUUUUUUGGGGGCUCUCGAAGCCCUACCUAAUAGUUAAUAGACAUAUGCAUAGAUGUAUUCAACAAGAGUUCUUUUUUUAUAGAAAUUUUAUGGACCAUUCAAAACUAAAAAUAAAACUAAAAUAUAUAAUUAAAUAAGCAUGAAUAUUGAAUAAAAUUUUGUGUAAUCAGUUUAGAGCGUACAUAUGUGUCGACGGAAGAGUUUGCGAUUCUUGUGUUUUAUUUUUUUUAUUAUUUUAUGAAAGCAAGGGUUCCUGAAACCUAUUUUAAUUCGAUUUUAAUUGAACUGGAGCAUCUCGUCCACUAUCGGAUGUAUAUCUAUAUGCUAAAAUAAAAACUUUCUUCUUCACUUUCUACUCAGUGUUUAGGAGCAAAAAAAAAAAAAAAAUAAAUAUAAAAUUAAAAAAGGCAUAAAAACGAGAAAAACAAAUCAAGAACGCUUUAAAUGUAACAAAAACGAAACGUUAAUAGACUUAUGAAAACAACAAAACAAACAAAUUAAAUUUAUAUUAAACAAAACAACAAAUUACAUUUAUAUUUAAUAACAAAAGUGGAGAAACAAAUUAAACCUAUUAUUAAACACACUCACACUGGCAAAAAGAUUGAAGUUGGUCCUUUUGUGGUCCUUUGAUGGAGAAUUUGUAUUUAAAGUAAAGAAGGAACUUGGAGGUAUAGAUCGUGAGAUCCACAUCUAAGAUACGUAUAUAUUUAAAUGAGGAAACGUUUUAACUGUGUAGCCUUAAUAUUUGUACUCGUCGUCCUCUCAAUUUCCAACAAAAAAUUUAAAAAAAAUACAAUGAAUAAGAAAGCAAGCACUUCUGUGUAAUUAUAUAAUAAUUAUAUUAUAGAGCUAGAGAGCUAGAGAGCUACAGCGGAUGCUGUUUUGGUGUUUACUACAAUAUUUCUUAUGUACUUGUUUAUUCGAUACUAAGGAUGAGUUGCCUUUACUUUACUAUUUUAACACUUACCCUAUAAUUUUGACUAUAUUUUAAUGAAUUACUUUUAGUUUCGUGUUUUCUUCGCUUGGACCUUUUUUUUAAAACCAUAAAUAUACCAUGUAUAAUGGAACAUAGCCACAUAAACCCUAUGCAUACAUAAUUACCAGAUUUAUAAAUAUAUGCUUAUAUUUACUUAUGUCUUACAACUUGCAAAAAAAAAAUCGUAAAUAUAUUACAAACAGAUUUAAAUGAAA